AUGGCUCCCUGGAAUGACUCUGAGGAUCGUCAGCUUCUUCUUUCUGUUAUCACUCUGGCCCAAGUCAACCCCAACUGGGACGACGUUGCUACUCAGAUGGGCAAGACCAAGGAGGCUGUUCGUCAGCGCUUCGCCAAGCUGAAGAAGGAAGCCGGCGACCCUCCCGCCGCUGCUGCCAGUGCUUCUACCGCUGCUCCCGCCGCUGCUCCUACUCCCCGCAAGCGCAAGCCUAAGCUCAAGGCUAAGAAGGCUGCUUCAGCCGACGACGAUGAAGAUGAGGACGAAGGCACUCCCAUCACCAAGAGACCCAAGGUCAAGCGCGAGGCCCAGGACGAUGAGGAAGAGGAGACUUAA